CAUGCGUCAGGGGGAAAAUAAAAUAAAAUAAUCAUGGAGGACCGUGUCUAACCGCAGCGAUGUUGUGUGUUUCUGCUCUGUUUCUUACAAUUGGAUGAAAACCCCCGCUACAGACUUCACAGAAUGUGAGUUCACGUAUUCCGCUUGAUAAAGAACAUCCCAGUAAGAAGACAGGACCAAGUUUAGUUGGUGCUGUAGUUACAGUCCCAAGAUGACCACAGACACACCAGCCCAGAGCGUGGGGCCCAGGGUAAUGACAUUUACUCCCUCCAAAGAAGAGUUCAAGGAUUUUGUCCGGUAUGUUGCCUACAUGGAGUCCCAAGGAGCACACAGAGCUGGGAUGGCGAAAAUUAUUCCACCUAAAGGCUGGAAACCCACAAAGUCUUACGACAACAUGGAUGAUCUGGUGAUUCCUGCACCUAUUCAGCAGGUGGUUACAGGCCGGUCAGGAUUGUUCACACAGUACAACAUCCAGAAGAAACCCAUGACGGUUCAGAAGUUCCGCAAGACCUCCAGCUUAGACAAGUUUCGCAGUCCCAAAUAUGCAAAUUUUGAUGAGCUGGAGAGGAAGUUUUGGAAGGACCUGACCUUGAACCCUCCACUGUAUGGUGCUGAUGUCAGUGGGACACUUUAUGAUCCAGAUGUGGCUGAAUGGAACUUCAGUCAUCUUAACACCAUCCUGGACACCGUGGAGAGCGAGAGUGGCAUCAAGAUCAAAGGAGUCAACAGACCAAACCUCUACUUUGGGAUGUGGAAAAGUGCUUUUGCCUGGCACACAGAAGAUAUGGAUCUGUACAGAAUCAACUACCUGCACUAUGGAGAACCAAAGUCAUGGUACGUUGUGCCACCGGAACAUGGGAAAAGACUGGAACGGCUUGCCAGAGGGUUUUUUCCAGGGAAUGCUCAGAGCUGUGAGGUCUUCCUGCGCCACAAGAUGACUUUAAUUUCACCUCCAAUCCUGAAAAAAUAUGGUGUUCAAUUUCAGAAGGUGACACAGGAAGUGGGGCAGUUCAUUGUGACGUUCCCAUUUGCUUAUCACGCUGGUUUCAACCAUGGCUUCAACUGUGCCGAGGCCACCAACUUUGCCACGCAGCGUUGGAUAGAUUAUGGAAAACAGGCAACAAUGUGUUCAUGCCGUCAGGAUGUGGUGAAGAUCUCUAUGGAUGCGUUUGUGCGAAAGUUUCAGCCCGAACGUUACAAUCUAUGGAAAGCAGGGAAGGACAACAGUCCCAUCGACCACACCAAACCCACACCAGAGGCUGCCGAGUUCCUCAGAUCAGACAACAGGAAGCCGUCGAAAGACAUCUCCAGUGAAAUGUCACCUGAGAAGCUGACCGCUCCAGUCCAGGAGGAGAAAAGUCCACAGUGUCAAAGUGGGACAAAGCGUCAGCACCAAGUUUUGAAGACCUCUGAAGAAGCACCGUGUGAUGAGACGGUGGAGGAGGUGAAGCUGAAGAAGGUCAAGCUGGAGAGCGAAGAGUCACCAACCAAAGUCCCUGACAAGCCAGACCCAGUAAGACCCAAAGCAGAACCUGAGAAGGAUCCAGACACAAAGCUACAAUCAAAAGGUCCCUCCAAAGCCACCAACAGGAAACAUUUGAAAAGACAGAGCUCUGCAAAAAAGGAGAAGAACAGUGUCGCAGCAGCAGAUGUUAGUCCUCUGGAGCCCGUGGAGAAAAAGGUGGCGGCUCAGACUCCUGAGGAGGCCGGAGCCAGCGUGGAGCCUCCGGUGGAAAUCAGCAACACCCCAACGCACAAGAUGUUCCAGAGGACGCUGAGCCCUGCUGAUGUCCUCCACGUUCACAGCUAUGCUAAAGGAGACUAUGGAGAAGAAGCCUUGGCCAAGGAGGAGGAGAAGAGCUCUAACAGUGACACCGAGAAGGAGAAGGAGCUCAGACACUUCAUCAAAGAACAGGUGACUGAAGUUCCAGCAGCUGAUAAAGAGCCAGUGAGUGAUGUGGUUCAGCUGCCAGAACACGUUCCUCUUCUGAAGGAUGGCACAGAAGCUCCAGAGGAGCUUCCUCCGGCUGAGGAGGAGAGUUUGGAAGGGGAAAACUGGGCCAAGCCUCUGGCACAUCUUUGGCAGAGCAGACCCCCCAAUCUUAAGAAAGAAAGAGAGUACAAUCAUCGAAUGGGCUCCAAACCUCCGUACUGCUCCAUCUGCAUGCUCUUCCACACACACCAGCAGACUGAGUAUAUGAACAGCACAAACAGUCCCAUCACAGCAGCCGGAGGGCAGAGGAAGACCAAGCCUCUGAUUCCAGAAAUGUGCUUCACCACCACCACAGAAGAAGACGCAGAGUGUGAGGAGCAACCCAUCACACCUUAUCUGGAGGAGGACGGCAGCAGCCUCUUGAUAAGCUGCUCACAGUGUAGCGUUUGGGUUCACACCAGUUGCUAUGGUGUUGAUCCAGCCACUGUGAACAAGGAGUGGAAGUGUUCACGCUGUAAAGCCAACGCUAUGACUGAGAACUGCUGCCUGUGUUCGCUGAGGGGCGGAGCCUUGCACAAAACCACCAACGACAAGUGGGUGCAUGUCCUGUGUGCCGUGGCUGUGCUGGAGGCUCGAUUUGUUAACAUCACUGAAAGGAGUCCUGUGGAUUUAAGUGGAAUCCCUCUGCAAAGAUUUAAACUGAAAUGUUACUACUGUAAAAAGCGGAUGAAGAAGGCGUCAGGCUGCUGCGUGCAGUGCUCUCACGGCCGCUGUCCCACUGCGUACCACCCCACCUGCGCCCAGGCUGCUGGGGUUCUGAUGCAGCCGGACGAGUGGCCCUUUGUGGUCCACGUCACCUGCUGUCGACACAAAGGUCCCACUCAGAUCGAGCGCAGUAAAGCAGCCAUGCACGAGCUCACUGUGGGACAGAAAGUCAUCUGCAAGCACAAAAACGGCCGUUACUAUCAGUGUGAUGUGGUGCAGUUGUCCAAAGAGACGUUUUAUGAAGUCAACUUUGACGAUGGCUCUUUCAGUGAUAACCUCUUCCCAGAAGACAUUGUGAGUCGAGAUUGUGCUCAGCUCGGACCCCCUCCUCAGGGUGAGGAGGUGCAGGUGCGGUGGACAGACGGGCUGGUCUACGGGGCCAAAUUUGUUGCAGUUCAUGUUAUUCAAAUGUAUCAGGUGGAAUUUGAAGAUGGGUCGCAGCUAACGGCCAAGAGAGACGACGUCUACACUCUGGAUGAAGAACUUCCCAAGAGGGUCAAGUCCAGACUGUCCAAAGCAUCAGACAUGAGGUUUGAUGGGAUCUUUGAAGAGAACGAGAUCAUCCAGGAGUCUAAGAGACAGAGAGUUAUUAACUCACGUUACAGGGGGGACUACAUCGAGCCUGUGAUUUACAGAGCCAUCAUGGAGUAAAGACAACACCCCUCCCAGCAGCACCACUGAUGGACAGCACCUUAACCGAGCAGCCCCCCCCAGCCUUAGAGUGUAGCUCCCUGAAGGACCCCUCCUUCACACAUUCAUCUGUCUCUGUCAAGUCUACAGGAACCCACAACUCUGUUUUUACAUGGUAGAUGAAAAAAUAAUCUGUUUUACCUGUCAGAUUAAAAAAAUAACAUUUUUGUAUCUGGUACUUCCAAAAAAAUGACCUGGCUUUAUCUGCUAGAUAAAAACUGACUAUGGUUUAUCCUGGUAGUUUAAAAAAUUACCCUGGUUUUACCUGUCAAGUUUUGUUUUUGAUUUUCUUUAAUUGAAACAAAUGGUGCUCAACCCAAACAAUUCAGAUAACCUUUAAUCCACUUGAUCAGAAUUGUUUUAGUUUGAUCUGAGAGCUGCACCAAUCCUUUUUUUAUUUCGUUUGAUUCCGAUUAGAGUUUAAAUAUCUGCUGAUACUGGUAUUUUCUGCUCCAGAAGCCUUUAACUUAAACAUUUCUAUUGUUUUGUUAUUGUUUGUUUUUGGCGAUGGUGUUAGUAAAGGUUACAUACAGUAUUUAAAGUAUUAUUUGUAUUUAAAUGAUAAUUCAGUGAGAAGCAACAUCCUUUCCUGCUUCUAGUAUAUUUCUGUUCUUGUCCAUCGGAGAGCUGCUCUGUCCUCUCUGACCCACAGAGACUGAAGCACGUCGCGUUUAAAGGGAUCCCUGAUUAGUUGUAACAUUAGCCUUUAUUUGAUAAACGUUUAUUUU